AUGAAAUUUAGAACAAAAGCUUUAAUUUGGAAUUUAAACAAUCUCCUACAGAAAAUAUCAGAACUUCAUGGAAAAGGUAAUCUUUUGACUCUUCAGUUGGAUAAAGCAAACAAGUUACUGACAAUAAGUCAAUCAAAGGAAGAAGCAGCUAAAGAGGAAUGUGCUGCACUCCAGAAUGUGAUUAAGGGUCUCCAACAAACUAUAGAAAAUCAAUUUAAUUUGAGAGAUGAAAAUGAGAGGCUGAAGAGCAAAGUUUAUAUUUUGGAAGAGAAACUCAAGGUCCAUGAACAGGAACAUAAGAAUAUGAUUGAUAGGUUCCUAAGAGAAACUGAAAGCAAGGAGGAAGAACACAAGCUUGAACAAAGAAAGUUUCACUAUGAAAUGAACAAAAAAAUGGAAACAAAGGAGGAAAAACAUAAGCAGCUAAUGGAGAAGAAAGAUAUGGAGAUUUUGGAACUAACAAGGCAACUGAGAGAUCAAGAAAAGCAAAAACAGAAUGAGAUAAUCAAAUUGCAAAUAGAGUUCAGUGCUAAGCUGGUAAGGCUUCAGGCCAAAACACCCAAAUCGUAUCCAAAUCCCACACCAUUGCCUCAAAUCUACAGAAGGAAGCUUCAGCAUUUUCAAGAAGAAAAGAACAAGGAAAUUGAGUUUCUCCGUGAUACCAUAAAAGACUUAGAACAGAGGCUCAUUAAAGGUCAAGAGUCACACCUCAAGCGAAGGCAGUUUUGAGAAUUUCAUGAAAACACCAGAAAAUAUUGUCUUUGA